CACAGAUUCCUCUUAAAUGAAAACAACCGCUCAUGUCAUACUUCACAAGUCGCGAGGAAACUUCAAUCGCCGGCCAAAGUAUAGUAUGGAUUUAUGGCCUGAGAAUCAAGAGCUGCCGCCCCGCCAUACCCGGUUCGGUACAGUUCCUCGCCCAAAUCCCACCUAUACCUACCACUAUCAUUAUCCAGCAGGUAACCGUCAGGAGCGGCGGAAUCCCGUCGGGGAGUCCGGUUACUGGACGUUACCCAGAUCCAGAAUAGGAGGAACUCUACUGGAUCACACCGGCUGGACUGCGCCACUGCAGCCGCGUGCCUCUACUUCUGCUCAGUACCAUUUUUUGGGGUGUCAUCAUUCUCAACAGAACACGGGAGAAUACCGGUCUCGUGAGGCCAGCGAACGGACAACCGUCGGACAGGUGACGGCGGGAGCCUACCGGAGGGACUACGCGAGCGAGGGAUGGCGUCGAAGGCCCGUAGAGCCCUCCCAUCUCGUCCGUUACGGGGCGUCGUCAGAGAGGCGCGGCGGCAGCUACGGAGAGUUUGAAGCCGGGGCGACCCGUUACAGCCGUUCCCUUCCGCGGAUGAGGCGGCUAGAGGCAGAGCAGUCGGGGGCCUCUCGGGGGCUGCCGGAGAGCAGACGGACCGGAAUAGAGUCCGGCGUGGAGGCGGCGCCGCAGCCGGCCGGACAGCGGAGGCAAAAGCAUUGUCCGCCGCCAGCUCCCCAAGCGGGCCGUGGGCCGCAGGUGAUAGGAAAAAUCCAAAGAACGUUUAGUCAGCCUCCCGGUUACGUCGCGCCUCCUCCUUACAACGGGCCACAUAAAGCUUUGCGCUGUUCGACGCAGGUGGAAAGGAUACAAAAACCAAAAACGGACCUCGAAGGACACCGCUACCGAGAGAAUCCGCUCCAGAUUGUGCAUAUCGCACAAACGGAUUUGACGUGGCCGCAGACAACAAAGAUAAUCCUCGAAUCGCCCUCAAAAGUCAUCGAAGGACGAAAAUUCAGAUUCAACAAGAGGACGGGCGGGAUGACCGUCUUCUGUUUGGUGUCUCGGAUAGCGGGCCCGACAGAAGACCCGUCUAAUGAACGGUUAAACGCUCUGAACACGGAAGGUGCAGAAUGUACACCCGUCAGCAAUGAGAAUAUUCAACGAGCCAAGGUUGCGGAUGAAGUAGACGAGGCGCUCGCACGUACGUAUACCGAACAGGAUAGAAACCUUCCACGCAGAGAAGUGACAGUGACUCGCAUAAAAAGUGACGAACCUUCAAAUCAAGACAUGACAGAGGGUAUCCCGUUGGAUGAGAAUAAAUCUACUUUUGAGAGACGGGCCGCUCCGACGGUGUCUGUCAGAUAUCCGUUGUGGAGGGAGCCGAGUCUCACCGGUCCGAAUCAGAGUCCACUUGGCACAGAAGUAAGAAGACCGGACAUCAAAAAGAGCCCCGAAACAGAGGAGGGGAAAGAUCUUCUAGUAAACGACACCGCAUGCGUGGUUGUCAAAAUGGAGCUCACGAAGGAAGACGGACCAACCGCCGACACAGAGCACAGUUGUGCCUCCUCUGAACGAUCCGGCAGCCUUCAUAACACAGAGUUACACCCUGAUCCAAACAAUGAAUUAAACCUCCUUCCAAUACGAAAAAGCCCUACGAACGGCCUGAACUCUGAGACGACGGCAAUCGAGAGCGAGCGCAAAAAUGCGACCGUAGAAUCUUUGGAAAAAACAGCGGAGCGAAUCCUCUGUAUCGACAUCCACACGACCGCGUUAUUCGACGUGUGUGCAAAAGAUAGAGAAAAAGGAUUAACGUUGACUCAACUGAACAAAAGUAAGCUUUCAAAAGAGCAGCAGCAGUCAGAGAACCGGCAAAAGCAAAGUACAGAAUGGAUAUCGGAUAAGGAUAAAAGUCCAAAGGUUGAGUAUGACAGCUUUUCAGGAUCCCAUCAAAAGGAGUUUCACGUCUUUGAGACGAGCCUCAACUGCCCAUCUGGAACAGACAACGCGGAUCAGUUUGCCAAGACGGAGGACCCCUCGGUCGAGUCCGCUCAAGAAAGGGCCGAACCGGAGCGGAGAUCCGCUGAAAACGCAGCUCGAUGUUUCACUCCGCCGGCGGUCAGCUCCAAAACCUCUUCCUCACAGGAUCCUCAAAAGUCCGAUCUCAAUCUUACGCCCUCGCCAAUAGCCGUCGAGUCUCCGGCGUGUAUCUCUGAGUCAGAAACUGAGGUCUCGCCAGAUGUCGAGUCAGUAACCGAUGAUCCAAUAGUAUAUUGCGCGCUACGGCGAGGAGCCGCGUCUUCGUCGCCGCCACACGCGCAACUUCCGGUUUACUUGGCCGAGCCUUCUACUUUGAAUUUGUGUCCUUCCGCGGCAAUGGCUGACAUUGAGGUUUGUGAGGAAGAGCCAGCUCAAAAGGAAAAAAACUCACAGCGGGGCGAGCUCAGCGGCGUCCCUCACCAUUUCCCUGUUGAUGGGAUGGAUAAAUCGGCGGCCCGGCAGCAAUUAGAAUCUGCCUCAGUCAAUGGAGCGGCACUCGAUAUGGCUAUGGACCUUCUAGGCCAGAUAGCUCACGAUGGGCCCACAGAACGCAACGGCGAGCAACCCUUUGGCAUUCAAGCCGAAGACGGGAACCGAAGCGGCAAUUCCGAGAAAUUGAGGGAAUUUCAAAGCCGAGUCAAAGUCCAGACUCCGGCCGUCCCAGCGCGAGAUGUCCAUGAAAACGCAGACAAGGAUUUACCGGGUCUUGGGGAACAGGCGGCAGAGUGUCAGAGUGACAUUUUACCAACCGCAAAACCGUCUCCUCCAUCACCUUCGGACAACAAACCUGACGCUUUCCCCAAAAGUUCCUCUCUGCCGACAGAAGAUAUUGCACCUCAACCAGAAACCGAAUCGGCGUGCCCUUUUUCCCGUAAGGAUGUAGGAUUUGGUGAAACUCUACCUGCUCUUCUUCUGGAUUGUAGCCCUUCCCUACCUCCUCUGGACGAAAGUGGAAGUGACAUUCCCCAGGGAGCAGAGCUUCAGUAUCCCACCUCCCUGUGGGAUGCCGUGAAUCGAAUCAGGAAACAUACAGCUCCCGACUCCGAGAACGAAGAAGAGGAAGUGUCGGAGUUAUGGGAUGCUGACAACGUAGGCGUCGGUCUAGAUCACUUGGAGGAACUGAGCUUGUUGGAGGGCAGCGAGGCGGAGCAAAUGCUGCCGUGGCGCGAGGAGGACACGCCGUCUUGUAGUAGCGCCGGCAGCCGCGACUCCGGGGAGACGGUUGUCAUUAUAGCCGGUGAGGAGGAAGAGGGUGGGAGCGGCUGCCGCCGCCCCCGUGACAUUGCAAGUGAACUAGUGUGAAAGAGAGCAAAGCGCGGACAACAAAAGACGAGCGUAGCGCAGGAUGGUUAACACGGUAUGUGCGCGGACAAUUGUCACGACGUACCCAAAUGCAAGCGCGUACUCACCAGACGGACAGCGGAUAGAACCGCAGACCCGACAUAACCCCGCCGUUACAAGGAUAGCCGAUAAUACAUUCAAGCUGAAUAAACCCGUGGACUUUUGAAAUUGGAAAAAAAUGUAUUUCGGCCUCGGUUACGAGUACAGCAUAGCAUAAGAACGUGGAAGUGUGUAGGGCUUGCAAAACAUCUUCUUUGUUCAAUAGAAAUUCAAUGUAUGUUUUUCCCCUUCCUCUAGUCUGCAUCUUAUCUGAUGAUAAAACUAGCAACUUUAUAGAGUUUUCAUUGACAUUUGUUGGCAGAGCAGGACUAUCCAUGUAUUGAAAUCUAAAUGGAAAUAGUGUCUAACUAAUAGAGGUUUAUCUGUUGAUUGUAUAAAUCAGAGGUCUGGUACAUGUACCGCCAGCAGUACGCAAAAGAAGAAUCGCUUCAUGCUUGCUUAAUCUGUGUUUAACAUGGUCUCAAUUGUAUGUUUCUUGAAGAACGGCACACCGCAGAUGCAUUUACAUGGUUAUCUGCAUUUCAUCUUUCAAAAUUCUUUCUUUUCCCAAUAUCCAAACUUGUGAAAUACAUUUCAU